AUGUCACCAGCGCGCGGGGCCCGCCAGCCCCGAGGACACCGGGCAGCCCUUCCCAGCAGCGGCGACCCAGAAAGCCGGAGCGUGUUUUCCGCCCAUUCGAAGCUGCGAAAACAUCCACAGUCCCUACUUGAAGCACUCAGGCCCGCCCCCUCGGCCCUCGGUAGCCAAUCGGGAUACACCUCUUACCGAAACGAGCGGAGGCGACCAAUCAGAUCUCUAAGAGGCGGGGCGCCCCGCGAAUCUCUUAAAGAGACCGUACCGGGCCGCCGCGGGGAGGGCGAAGCUGCUGGCCGGGGCUCACCCGGAAAGCGGUGCGGAACCGCGGGCUGGAGGACAGACGGCCACCCGCUUCCCCACCCACCGCGCCUGCAGCUGUCAGCAGCUGUCAACCGACCAGAUCGCCGCCAGCCGGCCACUUCCCCCAGCCAGGGUGGCCGCCUUUGGACGCUUAUUGGAGACGGCAUGGAGAGGGACUACCGGGCCAUCCCAGAGCUGGACGCCUACGAGACCGAGGGACUGGCCCUGGAUGACGAGGACGUGGAGGAGCUGACCGCCAGCCAGAGGGAGGCCGCUGAGCGGGUCAUGCGGCAGCGAGACCGGGAGGCCGGCCGGGGCCUGGGGCGCAUGCGCAGGGGGCUGCUGUACGACAGCGACGAGGAGGACGAGGAGCGCCCUGCACGCAAGAGGCGCCAGGUGGAGCGCGCCACGGAGGAGGGCGAGGAGGAUGAGGACAUGAUCGAGAGCAUCGAGAACCUGGAGGACCUCAAGGGCCACUCGGUGCGCGAGUGGGUGAGCAUGGCCGGGCCGCGGCUGGAGAUCCACCACCGCUUCAAGAACUUCCUGCGCACGCACGUGGACGGCCACGGGCACAACGUGUUCAAGGAGCGCAUCAGCGACAUGUGCAAAGAGAACAAGGAGAGCCUGGUGGUCAACUACGAGGACCUGGCGGCCCGCGAGCACGUCCUGGCCUACUUCCUGCCCGAGGCGCCCGCCGAGUUGCUCCAGAUCUUCGACGAGGCGGCCCUGGAGGUGGUGCUGGCCAUGUACCCCAAGUACGACCGCAUCGCCAGCCACAUCCACGUCCGCAUCUCCCACCUGCCCCUGGUGGAGGAGCUGCGCUCCCUGAGGCAGCUGCACCUAAACCAGCUCAUCCGCACCAGCGGCGUGGUGACCAGCUGCACGGGCGUCCUGCCCCAGCUCAGCAUGGUCAAGUACAAUUGCAACAAGUGCAGCUUCGUCCUCGGUCCCUUCUGCCAGUCCCAGAACCAGGAGGUGAAGCCGGGCUCCUGUCCCGAGUGCCAGUCCGCCGGGCCCUUCGAGGUCAACAUGGAACAGACCAUCUAUCAGAACUACCAGCGCAUCCGCAUCCAGGAGAGUCCGGGCAAAGUGGCCGCGGGCCGGCUGCCCCGCUCCAAGGACGCCAUUCUCCUCGCCGAUCUGGUGGACAGCUGCAAGCCGGGGGACGAGAUCGAGCUGACCGGCAUCUACCACAACAACUACGACGGCUCCCUCAACACCGCCCACGGCUUCCCCGUCUUUGCCACCGUCAUCCUGGCCAACCACGUGGCCAAGAAGGACAACAAGGUGGCCGUCGGGGAACUGACGGACGAGGACGUGAAGAUGAUCACCAGCCUCUCCAAGGACCAGCAGAUCGGGGAGAAGGCAGGUGGCGGCGGGGACACCGGGCUCGGUGGCCAAGCUGGAGCAGCUUUGAUGUUGAGCACUGGCAGUGGGAUCAGCAGUAGGACUUCCCUGUGCCCUGGGUCAGGGUUCCUGGGGUCAGAGGUCAAGGUCACCUCCCGUGACACCCGGGUCAGCAGGCGUCUCUGCAGAAACGGAGGCGCUUGCCUUUCACAUCUUCUUGCGAUCCUCCUGCCUCAGCCUCCCGGGCCUCUGUGUCUCCCACAGAUGAAUGACCAGGACAGGACCAGCAUCCACGAGGCUAUGGAGCAGCAGAGCAUCUCCAUCUCCAAGGCCGGGAUUGUCACCUCCCUGCAGGCCCGCUGUACCGUCAUCGCCGCCGCCAACCCCAUUGGUGGCCGCUACGACCCCUCGCUGACCUUCUCGGAGAACGUGGACCUCACGGAGCCCAUCAUUUCCCGCUUCGACGUCCUGUGUGUGGUGAGGGACACGGUGGACCCUGUCCAGGUACGGCCUGAGGCCCAGCCUCGUUCCCUUGUCCCCAUGUUGUCCUUUGGGGUGGGGGGCGGGGAAGGGAGCCACCAGAAAUGGGUGGUGUGUGACCUGUCCUUCCUCCCGCAGACCUUUGCCCGCUACCUUUCCUUCCGCCGCGACAACAACGAGCUGCUGCUCUUCAUAUUGAAGCAGCUGGUGGCAGAGCAGGUGACCUAUCAGCGUAACCGCUUUGGAGCUCAGCAGGACACCAUUGAAGUGCCCGAGAAGGACCUGGUGGACAAGGCUCGGCAGAUCAACAUCCACAACCUCUCUGCCUUCUACGACAGCGACCUUUUCAGGAUGAACAAGUUCAGCCUCGACGUGAAGCGGAAAUUGAUCUUGCAGCAGUUCUGAGGACCUCCCGGAUGACGCCGGAUUCGGGGAGACCGAGCGCUCCGUCCCUUUGUGCCUUGUGCACGUGAAACCCAGACUCCUGGGAGACUCAGUGGGUUGGGGUGAGGGACGGCGGAGGGAUGUCGAGCGUCUCCGGUGGUAUUUAUUUUCCUGGCCUCACUUUUUUUUGCUUCAGGAACACUUUUUAGGGGGUGGGGGGGUACCAGGGAUGGAACUCAGGGAGCCCUCGAACACUGGGUGACAUCCCCAACCCUGUUUGGUAUUUUAUUUAGAGGUGGUCACAGUUGCUUGGUGUCUUUUGCUGAGGCUGGCCUCCACCUUGAGAUCCUCCUGCCUCAGCCUCCCGAGCCGCUGAGAUACUGGGCAUGCGCCAAGGCGCCCGUCAGACCUUUUAAGUGGACGCUUUUGACUGCUUAGGUUCCUACCCGUGGUGCCUCCUGUCUGCCGAUUUUUUCUGGAAUUCUGUCCUGUUGUAGAAGGACUCACAGCUCCUACUUGGGUGCUUGUGACUCCUGUGAUAGUGUGGCUUCUGUCCCCCAGCUGGGGGACGUGAGGAAUCUGCCACGGGGCCCGUGGAUUGUUCACUACUUUUGCUCCUAUAUUAAUUAAUAGGAUUCUCGUCUCUGGUUAUUUCUCCGCGUCGCUUUGUACAUAAUUUUUUCUUUCUGUAGUUUCAGAUUUUUAAU